UAUUUAAUUAUAGGAAGAAGUAUAACAUGAUAAAUUAUAAAUUUAUUUGAUUAUCGAUAGAUCUAUUUCAGUGUUCCUAAAUACAUCAUCAACGUGUAAUAAUGUUUUUUUAUCUACUAUAUCGAUCGUGUUGAAUAUAGUAAAACAUUUUAGAGUAUGGGUGUUUUAACAGUAUAUCGGUUGAAUUCAAUACAUAUUUUGCAAAAUAUAUGAACAAAGAGAUAGUAAAAAUCAUAAAGUUAUAGAAAAAUAAAGUGCAUCUGCAGUCACGUCUGGACAGAGGUCGUGACUGAACCCAAGUACAAUCCCGUUCAGUAUUGGAAGGAUUGAAGUCGGGGGAGAUCAUAGGGAAGGUAGUUGACAAACCGUCUAUAGUGGUGUCGUGGGUGAAUGCAUGGUGGAUUUUAAUAAAAUUUGUCGACAGCCGAAUCGUGUAGUGUUUUGUAAUACAAAGAAAAUCAACGACACGUACAGUUGCGUAGCUGUAAAUCGAAUUUUAUCGACAGGUCAUCUACGUGCGCACAAUGAGCUUCCUAUUCGGAAGCAGGUCCUCAAAAACCUUCAAACCAAAGAAGAAUAUUCCUGAGGGAACUCAUCAGUAUGACUUGAUGAAACAUGCAGCUGCCACCCUUGGUUCUGGGAAUCUGAGACUGGCAGUUAUGCUUCCAGAGGGUGAAGAUUUGAAUGAAUGGGUUGCAGUAAAUACUGUUGAUUUCUUUAAUCAAAUCAACAUGUUAUAUGGCACUAUCACAGAGUUUUGUACAGAAGAAAGUUGUCCCAUCAUGUCUGCAGGACCAAAAUACGAAUAUCAUUGGGCUGAUGGGCACACUGUUAAGAAACCGAUUAAGUGUUCUGCACCAAAGUACAUUGAUUAUUUAAUGACCUGGGUGCAAGACCAGUUAGACGACGAAACAUUGUUUCCUUCAAAAAUUGGGGUUCCUUUUCCAAAAAAUUUUUUGUCCAUUGCCAAGACAAUAUUAAAACGGCUGUUUAGAGUAUAUGCACAUAUCUAUCAUCAACACUUCAGCGAAGUAGUUCAACUCGGCGAAGAGGCACAUUUAAAUACAUCAUUCAAACAUUUCAUAUUUUUUGUACAGGAAUUUAACUUGAUAGAGAGAAGAGAAUUAGCACCGUUGCAAGAAUUAAUAGAGAAAUUAACGGCGAAAGAUGCCCGAUGAACGAUCUCGAUCAUCUCAAUUUAAAACUCCUCCAAAGAAUCUCACCCGUGCUAUAUUUUUAACAAACGUGUAACCGCGCAUGUUAUUUAACUAACCCAAUCAUUGCUAACGUGAUUAUUGCCUCGGACCAGGAGUCACUGGUUAUAAUACAACAUAUUUUAUCCAUGAAUAAGAAAACAAGUGACUGAUACAUUUUAUAACAAAUUGCGGACAUUCGAUUGAAAACAAUGCUGGGGAAAAAAAAGAAUAGAUUUUGACCAUUUACGAAGCAAAAUUGAUAUACGGUUAGAGUGACGAGUUAAGGGGGUGAAGAUUAUUAUGUAGACUUUUGUAAAAUAGUUAUACAUCCAGUACACAUCAUAGUACUCGCUUUGUUUCAUAAUUUGAAAAACAGAAAAUAUUGUUUUCUAAUUAAUCAAAGUGUUUCGUCAUAAAUUAUAAUUUAUUAUUAUGCAGUCAAUUUUUAUACUUGAAAGUUAACGCCCUAAAAGCGUUCUAGUUGAAGAAUGCAAAUCACAGCGUGGAUCACACACACACUAAGAGACUAAUUCAUAUCGGCUAUGGAACAGAUAUAGUUUUAUGAAAAAAACAAAAAAAAAAAAGAUAUUCAGACAACGAUGAUACUCGGUCUCACAUUUCUAUUCACAUCGUUUGUUAAUACGAUUUUUGAGAUAUUGCGUGAUAUAAUUUUAUUGUAAAACAUUAAAAAGUAUCAUUACUUUUAUAGAUAGAAACAAGAUAGGCGAUAAUGUUUGAAAAAUAAAAUGCUGCCGUUAGCUGUUUUCACUCGAGACUAUUUUGAAACGUUGCGUUUUCAUUAUUGAAUAAAUUUAACGAUCCGGAUGUAACGUUUAUAUAUCAUUGCUAACUGCACAUUGUUGGUACAUAAAGUUAUUAAGUUAAUACUAUACUAUUUACAUUUCGUACUAUGUAAUUAGUUUGGACGAUUAUUAUCGUGUUAAGCGCUUGAUAGAAAUUAUUUAUAGAGUUAGGAAAUUUUAUUCGCACCCUUGUACGAGUGAGUUUUGAGUCUAUUCUAGGCGUAUUAUAUUUAAGCCGUUUGCGUUCCAUUACUGGGAAGAUUUUUCAUGCAUUUCUAUUACAUUUUCGCUUUGUCAAAGUUGUACAUUCUUUUAACGACACGAGAGUUUUCCAUCUAUUUUUUCUUUCCAUUUUAAGUUACAACUGUUACUCAACCAAACGCAAUAGUUUAUCGUGGUUUAAAAUGAAUUUGAUGGAUACAGGGUAUCCCAGGAGAAACGCAAAAGGCAAACGUUUUGCAUCUAUAAUUAACAAUAUAUACAGACGUGACAUGUGACAACGUAUGAGAGUGUACACGUUCUCGUGAUUGAUUUCGCUAAUAAGAGUAAUUUGAUUAAUAAACAAAAUAUCAGAUAGGACACAUAUUCGUUUAUAACGCGUUCAGCUACGUACGAGAUAGUUUCCUCGCUUUUAGGAGACCAGAUGUUAAUAUAUAUAAUGUUAUAUUACGAUGUUUACUGUUUCCAUGUACGGCGAACCGCACUGUUGCAUUCAAGUAUUAAACGAAUGCAUUUGUAUUCGCUUUAUAACUAGAAAUACUCUUCACACGUUUUCUGUUCACACACUCUACCCUUCGCUGUGAUCUGCUGAUCAGAGUUUGCAUUUGUUGCAUAACAAACUAUAUCUUUACGUGGGGAAGAAUGAAUAAUAAGCAAGCUUUUACACCGCUAUUAAUGUAAAUAGUCAGGAAAGGCAAUGAUAGGGGAAUGAGAAAUCAUUGCAUAUGAUUAUAGAAAAUAAGUUUGCUUUUAAUGGACAGUGUGUCUCAAGAUAAGUGUCGCAUAACAUAAUGGCUGAAUCCUAAUAGAUACAAAGAAAUGUAUUAACCCUCUUUUGAUAUUCUUUAGUUGGCAUUUAUUAGUGAUUAUUGUUAAUUUAUUGUACGUGCAGUGUUUUCUUUUUUAUACAAAUGAGAGUGUUUAUUAAAACUUUGAAUAGUCUUUUCGGUUUGCCUGUAGAUCUUUAAUAGAAUCUAUAGCAUUUCUUUGUAUCUUUUAUGUAUUUAACGUAUUACCUGUAAACGCGAAACUUAUCUGUAAACCGGCUAGAUAUCCAGUGAGCUGAAAGUUACGAAUUUAAAAAAAUACAAUGACUUUUGUUUAUAUAAAAAAAAUUUGUAACGUUCAGAUGCAUAAAUCCAAAAUCGUACGAUAGAUCGAGGGUAGAUCUAUGGAGGCGAUUAUUUUUUUAAAACGAAACUUUCACCCACCGGAAACCGGAAGCUUCUGUUUGUGUCUUUCAGUGAAUUGUAAUACGAAGAGACGAGGCCCAUUGUAACGUUCAUGUGAUACCAUUUUUUCAUGUAAAUCGCGAGGAUCAAUGAGAAAUUUCACGAGGUCCAGGAUUUAAUAAUAUAGAUGUAUUUUAUUAUAAACAACGUAAAAGAAAAGAACAAACGAAUAGCUUUUUCCAUAACGAAUAUUUAUCCGAUUUGAAAGGCAAGAGGGGGUGAAAAGAAGCCGAAAAGAUGAUGGACGGUCGUUAGGAUGCCUUUUGCGGUGUUUACAGUCGCGUUGAAUGUAAAACAUAUAUUAAUUAACAAUAAUAAUGGCUCGUAUCGACGAUAAUAUUGUAUUCAGUACUUAAUAAGAGGACAGGAGAGUUGCGUACCUUAUAGUAAUGUUUUUUUUUUCUUUUCUUAAAAGAGAGAGAGAGGAGAUCAU